AUGGCUACCGAUAUUCCGAAGCAAGGAUGGGGUGCUGUCGUCGUCAACGAGGGCCCGGACUUUACUAUUGAAGUUCAGAAACUCGAUGUUCCAGAGCCGAAGGAUGAUGAGCUCCUCGUCCGGCUCAACGUCACCGGCCUAUGCAUGUCCGACGUCCACUACAUGUUAAACGACUGGGGCCUACCCAAAAUGUCAGCAAGCGGCGUGAAGUGCGCGGGCCACGAGGGCGCUGGCGUCGUCGUCAAGGUCGGUGCGAAAUGCGGGGACGCGUGGAAGGUCGGAGACCGCGUGGGCAUCAAGCCGCUGCUCGACGUCUGCCACAACUGCGAGCAAUGCUGGAAUGGCCGCGAGAAUUACUGCGCCAAGGGAAACCUGACAGGCCUCACGUCGCCCGGCACGUAUCAGCAGUAUAUGGUUACGCCGGCCAUCUACACUAGUCGAAUCCCCGAUGGAGUGCCCGAUGAGGUUGCUGGGCCGAUCAUGUGCUCUGCGUCGACCAUGCACCGCGCCCUUAUUGAUUCCGGCUUGAAGGCUGGCGAUUGGGUUGUAUUCCCAGGUGGUGGUGGCGGCGUCGGCGUCCAAGGAGUCCAACUUGCAAGGGCCAUGGGAAUGCGGCCGAUUGCAAUUGAUAGCGGGGAAGCUAAGAAAACCUUGUGCCUUAGCAUGGGCGCCGAAGCCUUCGUCGACUUUACAGCGACUAAGGAUGUUACUGCUGAGGUCAUUAGGAUAGCUGAUGGAGUCGGUGCACACGACUCCAUAAGCUUCGUCGGCAACAGAAUAGGUGCAAAGAUAAUGUGCAUUGCUCUCCCUCCGGCCGGCAUCGUCCAGCUCGGCGCCGAGCCGAGUACUUUUGUGUUCAAGAACCUGCACAUUAUUGGCACGCUGGUAGGCACAAUGCAGGAUACUGCGGCUUGCCUCGAUUAUGCCCAGCGCGGGUUGCUGAAGGGAAUCUCUGAAGAAAAUGACCACUUCAACGACAGUCACCUGCAAGAGCGGGAGCGUGCCGAACAGCGCGGCGAGCCGACCAAAUGCUACUACCCGAAGUGUAGGGACCCGGAGUGUAGGGACAUGAAGUUUGAGCACUUGGGCCAUUUCCGGAACAUGUCCAAUGAGGGCAACCUCACCGAGAACCUCUAUGAGUCCCAGGGAACGCAGCCAGACAUGAUGGUUCAGUUUUGCUCUCUCCACAACCACUGCUCAAACUGCGCUGUAUCCAAGCCCUUCGCUACCAUGAUCCGCUGGCUUCAACGCAAGAGACUUCGCCCUCUGCGUCUCAGGGCUAUCCUCACCCUCGCAGAUGACCCUAACUUUCUCCAACUCAUCGGGCGGUAUGCGUCGAACUACGAGAAGAGGCUUCUCACAAAGGAUCCGAGUGCCUUCGGAAAUGUUGAAACAGGCGACCAGGCCUCUGCCUUUCCCAGGGAUGUCCUUGAUUUCGAAAAGUGGAAUGCCAAGCUCUUUAACAGGAUCAGCGCCACUCAGGAAAUGUGA